AUGGAUCGUCGUACGUUUUACCCCGGGAGGUUCAAUUCUGGCUAUGGUAAUCGUGGUGGCUAUGGAGGUUGGCAAGGGAACCGGGGAUGGGCUCCUUGUGGGGGUGGCCGCGGCGGCGGCGGAAGGUUCCAAGGCAACUGGGGGCGUGGUGAAAACAGGGGUGUGGGGAAUCAAGCAAGGGAGCAGAUUACAGUGCCGCAGGGAGAACAGAAAGAGGAGUCUAAUCCUAGCCAGAAAACAGAAUCUGCUGAAGUGGAAACUUCUGUCAAUAACUCUACUCAGAUCAUUGUGAGUGAGGAUCAAACUGGUCAGGGUGGUGAGAAAGUGGAAAGAGAAGCUCCUAGAGAGCAUCCAGAAAGACAGCAGUUCUGUCAAAGGUGUGGUUCGAGAGAGGUUCCACAAGAUGGCUUCACCAACCCUGCUGGUAAUACAUGGAUUAGAAAUGACAAAAACAAGCCUCAAGAUGAUCUCCCAUAUCCUAAGAAACAAAAAAUGGAUCCUGCCAAGAGCUCUGCUCAGUCGUUUGAAGCUGGUACAAGCAAGUCUAGUGGAGUAGUUAAAGGAAAGCAAGUUGAUAGUAAUGUAUCUCAACAGAAAGAGAAUGUGCAGCUGGAAAGCGUAGAUGAGGACAGUGAGGAUGAAGCACUCUUAAUGGGAGAUCUUGUUCAGCCUGGUUCAGAGCAGUUGAGGUUUGGAUCAUUUGACAAUGUGGAGAUCAGGAUGCUCAGUACCAUAAUUGUGAAUGAGGAUGCUCUUGCAGUGAUUAAUGAAUAUGGCUCCAAUCUGGAAAAUUCUAAAUUUGAUCCACUCAAAACUAUAGAAGCUAAGAAUGCUCUGCAUGAUUGUGGCAAGACUAAAAUCUUUCAGCUGGAGGAUUAUAUGAUUGGUACUAAAUCUAGUAAAGGGUUGCAUACAAUACAAGAAAACAAGGAAGGUGAAAGUGUUCAAGAUAGAGCUGUUUCUAUAAGUCCAGCCAAGGGGAGUCAGGGCGCGCCUGAGGUUGAUCUGUCUAGUCAAGAAGAGGCUCUGCAGAAAACUAGUCAAGAUAUUGACUGGGAUCUCAUCCAAGAUGAAAACGGUCGGGAGUCUGAAGUUACUGAGUUGGAGAUUGGGAAUGGCAGAACCCAUGACAAGAGGGAUGAAGAAAUGGUGAUAGCUAAGGCAGACAUGGUGGUGCCAUCACAUGAGGGGGAGCAAGUGGAAGAAGUGAUUCAGAAUGACAAAGACAGUGAAGGUGCUAAGAAUCAGGAAAGGGUGAAUGUUUGGGAACAGCAAGACAAUAGUUCAGCUCAAGCAUUGGAGAAAGAACAAAGCAUCAAACAAGAUGGGUGGUCAGUGUGGCAACAAGUGAGGCAAAGCAAGAGGCUGAGGGACAAUGGAACAUCUCAAGCAAAGGUGGUGGAGCAAGCUCAGAACAACAAAACCACAGCCAUGGAGGUUGAAGGUAUGGAAUCUCAUGACCAGAACUCCUUUGCAGUUCUGUCUAAUAUGCAAAUUAUUUCUCUUGCGUCUCAAAUGGGGAUUCAUACCGAGUCUCUUUCAUAUGAGAAAAUUGAUGUUCUUAAGGACCUGGAAAAUGCUAGAAUGAAACUUAAUGAACAUACAAAUAUGACAUCUGACCCAGUAAGUAGUCUGGAGGAAGAGCCUCUUCCCUUAAAACGAUCAAAAUGUGCUAAAUUGGGGAUCUGA